AUGACGGAAGAAAUAUACGAAUAAGUGCAAUUAGAGAAACUAAGAAUGUCUGAAUCAAAAAAAGUUGAUGAUUAACAAAGUAUUCAAAUGAGAAAAUUGGUGUCCAAUACUGAGAAUAAUAGUAAUCACAAUUAAGAACCUCUUUUCUCAUUUGACCAGUUGCUAUCCAAGGUAGGAUUUGGAUCCUAUUAAUUAUGGAUUUACUCAAUAAUGGGGCUGUUGGGUGUAGCAGAAGGUGCUUAAAUCACUUUGUUUACAUUAAUGAUACCUAUUCUUAAGAACUAAUGGAAUGUUCCUGACUCAUUAAAUUCACUCCAAGCAAGUUUUGUUUUUGUUGGGUUUUUAACUGGUUCUAUGAUGUCAGGUUAAUUUUCAGAUCGUUUUGGUAGGCGAGGUCCCUUUCUAUACAGUUCAUUCUUAACUUGUCUAGUGACUUUGGGAACUAUUUUAUGUUAGGAUAUAUACUAAUUAUUAUUUGUAAGAGGAAUCAUGGGAGUUUUGAUUGGAUUCUUUUCACCUUGUGGGGUGACAAUGCUUUCUGAAAUAACUCAAAUAGAAUUAAGAGGUAGAUAUAUGAGUCUUAUUACACUGACUUUUUCAUUGGGAUAAUUAUUUGGCUUGUGGGUUGCUUCAUUCUUCUUGAUCAAUUUCGAUGAUGGUAAUUGGAGAGCCAUGACAUUUUAUUGUGCAAUUCCAGGAAUGUUGGCCUGGUUGUUAUGUGUAUUGAAAUUAUAGGAGUCAGCCAGAUUUGCAUUAUUGACUGGAAGAAAGGAGGAAGCAUUUGAGAUUAUUUAAUAAAUGACUACAUUAAACAAUUCUCAGUUUGUUUUGACAGAUGAUGUCAAAUCAUAAUUGAUAAAUUGGGCGAAUAUGAUGAAUAAGAUUGCAAAAUAAUAAGAGAAUGCAUCAAUAUCAUCAUUGUUUGAUAAAGAGAAGUGGUUUGUAACUUGUUUGGUCUGGUUUAACUGGUUCACCCUUUCCUUUAUCUACUAUGGGAUUGUAAUGAUGUUGCCUACAUUUUUACAAGGCCUUAACUUGGGAGAUUCUUAUUUGGCUGUACAUAAACUAUUAUAAUUGGUGAUAUCAUCAAUAAGUGAUAUAUUUGGAGCAGCAGCAGCAUCAGUAAUCAUAGAUAUAAAAUAUUUGGGAAGGAAGAAUUCACUAAUUUUAUUCUAUUUUAUUUAAGCAUUGGGUUGUGUUGCUGCCUAUUUUGAUGAUCCAAGUAGAUUUAUGUUAUGGACAAAUUUCUGUAAAUUCUUUCUAUCUAUGACUUUUAUUUUUUCAUUUUAAUACACAGCUGAAGUGUAUUCAACUAAAAUCCGUACAACUGGAGUCGGAAUGGCAAACGGAGUAGGCAGAUUAGGUGGAGUUAUAAUGCCAUGGAUCUGUCUUUAUUUGUCAUCAAUGGAUCUUUUAAGUCCAUUUUUGUUAUUUACAGUCAUUUCAUUUAUGACCAGUCUCACUAAUUGUUUUUUACCUUAUGACACUCUGGGCAAGGAAAUAGAAUGA